AUCCCCGUCCAGCCAUCUCGUUUUAUAUCCUUUUUCCUGAUCGUCAGCCUCAAAAAAACAGAUUUUAAAAACGGGAAAAAGGAACCAACUUUUCAUACGCAAGUGUUCGUUCUUGGCGUCCAGCAGGCACCAGAAGAAGGCGUCAUCAGAAGCAUUAUUAGAGAGAAGGAGGCGGAGGAAGGAAGGAAGCGUCAAUACGCACGCUCGCCGGCAAAAGGGGGCAAGAUGACGACGCGCCCGCUGCGGUUCCCUGAGAUCGACGCCGAGCUCCGGCGAAUCGUCAAUGCGAAUAUGGAGGAAGUCCCCGCUCGGCGACGAGCUCGCGAGGCCUUUAAGGAUAUCCAGCUCAACGUCGACCACAUCUUGUUCAAGACACCAAGUGACGGACUGAAAGUCAAUGAGGCAUACGAGGUGAACUCGAGAGGGGUGGAGAUUUUCACGAAGAGGUGGCUGCCGGAAACCCCAAAAGCUAUGAUCUGUUUCUGUCAUGGUUAUGGAGACACUUGCUCCUUCUUCUUUGAAGGAAUUGCGAGGAAGUUUGCUUUAUCUGGCUACGGUGUUUUUGCAAUGGAUUACCCUGGAUUUGGUCUCUCAGAAGGUCUUCAUGGCUAUAUUCCAAGCUUUGAUACUAUCGUCGAUGAUGUUAUUGAGCACUACAAUAAGGUCAAAGGGGAUCCUGAAUUUCAGAACCUCCCGAGCUUCUUGUUUGGGCAGUCAAUGGGUGGAGCUGUGGUUCUGAAGGUUCACUUGAAACAGCCAAAUGCUUGGAGUGGUGGCAUUCUUGUUGCACCAAUGUGCAAAAUUGCAGAUGACAUGGUUCCACCUUGGGCGGUGAAGCAAUUCCUGAUUGGGAUAGCGAAUUUUCUUCCGAAGCACAAGUUAGUGCCACAAAAGGAUCUAGCCGAGGCAGCAUUCAGGGAACCAAAGAAGAGAGAAUUGGCUGCGUACAAUGUCAUUGCUUACAAGCACAAACCACGGUUGAGGACGGCCUUGGAGAUGCUUGAGACAACCAAACAGAUAGAACAACGACUUGAAGAUGUAUCUUUGCCUCUGUUGAUACUGCAUGGGGAGGCUGAUAUUGUGACGGACCCAUCUGUAAGUAAAGCUUUGUACGAGAAAGCAAAGAGUUCAGACAAGACGCUGAAGCUGUACAAGGAUGCUUUCCACUCACUGCUGGAGGGAGAACCGGAUGAAACCAUAACUCAAGUGUUUAACGAUAUAAUCAGUUGGCUGGAUCAGCAUUGCAAAUGAGCAAAACAGAGGCCGAGCCAUUGCAUGGCUUACCCCAACGGCAAGGCUCGUGGCCUUUUGUCUCGAAUCUUUUAUUUCCUCUGCCAAAUAUAUAUUCAAUUAUUCUUUCAGGUUAGAUCGAUCUGAUUCUAAAUAAUUACGAAUGUUGGCAAUAAUAACAGUGACUUUGUUUUAAACACUAAUGGGUAGUUUAGAAAUUGUAUUGUGAUGGAUAUAUGUGUUAAUGUAUUAAAUAUAACGUUUGGUGUGUG